AAAAGGAAUAAUAUGAAAGGAAAAGCAAGAACUCGAAAUCGAAAAACACACAACAAAUUCCUGUGAUUUCGUUGAAUCGAAAAUCGGCAGCAGGGUUUGUGUUUUAAGCCCCGAAAGGGCCCAAAUCAAAAGCGUUUAUUAAAUUCAAUUCAAUUUCCCAUGCUCAUCACCACGGAUCAUCGCCUAAAUUUAACCUCCUAAUUUAAUCUCACUCUCUUCGCUUUAUUAACGAUCUUAAUCACCAUGGGAAAGCGCAAGCGAGACACUGAUCAGACCCUCCCCGAUCGUCCUUUUCAUUUUUCUGGGCCAGUGACUUUUUCAAAUCAAAUGGAUGUGCGGUCGGAAGAGGAUCAGACUCUUGCCCGCCCGGUAUUCAUGAAACGUUUAUGUCAUCAGUAUAGCCACCAAUAUUAUCGGCGAGGUUCAAUCAGUCAAGCAAAUGCAUCCACCUCCUGUGAAAACCGAGUGAGAACCAUACUUGAAGAGCGACCCGCUUUUAAGUUUGCUGCUCAUCGCAACUCGGAGUUUCCAGACCAUAUAGAUGGCAUUGAGCGCUCAUUUUGGGGGCCAGAAAGGAUAAGGUACAAUUCCUUAGGGAAGGAUGCAAUAUCAUCUAAUGGAAUGAGGAUGCUAUGUGGGAUUUGCCAUAAGCUGAUGAGACGAAAGCUUUGCUCUCUCGGCAACACACUUUCUUCUCGCGAACUUCCCGUUGCUGCAGUUUUGGUUUGUGGCCAUGUCUAUCAUGCAGACUGUCUGGAGAACCGGCCAAACGUCGAAGAUAGGAGCGAUCCGCCUUGUCCAUUGUGCACGGAACCGCCUAUUGACGAUUCAAAAGGAGAACAGGAAUGAGUUGAGCUGUACAUAUGAUAUCACAUCACACCAACAAUAGGGGAAUUAAGCUUGGCAUUGAAUAGGUGGAGUUUUUUGCAUCCUCAACUAUUUUUCUAUGAACCAAUCUAUAUCUAUCACUGUCUUUUUGGAUGGCUGUGACUUGAAAAGGAAAAUGGUAGCUUUAAAUCACAACGUUACCGAAAAUAGUGAUAUCGAUUCGAGGAUUUGUGCUCCGUGGAUUGGUUUUUGCGUAGAAGUAGAGUGAAGUUUUGUUAAGUAGCAGCAGAGGAAUUUAGGUGGAGACAUUUAUGUACUUCUUUAGGGCAAUGUAUAUUUUAAAGAAUAAAGAUAUCAUGACCGUA